AUGCGUCCUAGCAACAACCGGCAGAGGAACCGCAGUUUGUGCUUUUGGGAUUUGUUUUUCGAGAGAGGGGAGUCAAACACUCAUCUACAGCUCUCGAAGGAGCUUUACUCCUGGUUUCUACGAAGAGGAUCCUUUCCCUUUAGUGUGGCAGUAUCAGUUAGUGAAGAAGUGGAACCAGUAAAUAUGGAGAGCCUGGGUCAUCCAGAAAUUUAUCCUUUAGUAUUAACUACUAAGACCCAGGAAAUAUUUAACUGCCGAGUAGAGGAAGAUGUCACAGAUGAACAACCUUACAAGCUUAUCAAUAAAGAAACUAUUUUUGAGGACUUUAAGAACAGAGGUGCAAUAUCUGAUUUUUACCCAGUCAAAAAAAUUAUCCAGGAAUAUCCUGGAGAUGAGCUCCUGCUUGUUUAUGACAAAGACUUCAAAUAUGGACUGAACUUUUAUCUUAUUGGAACUGAAGAGGGCAAGGAAAACUAUUUAAAUCCUCCAGAAGUACCAGAAGAGCAGGAAGAACAUAAAGAACAUAUUUCUGAAGAAGUGUAUGUUUAUAAACCACCUGUCUCUAAACCAUGGGUUUCUUUGGGCAGUGAAAAAGAAAUUGAGGAAGAAUCAGUUAAGGAAUAUACGAAGCAGAUUAAAUACAUGAUUUCUCGAAAACGAAGUAAAUUUGGUGCACCAACUAAGUUCAGUGACCAGAAUGCUUCUAAUGUAAAAGAUGCCUACGUUGAAUGUACAGCCUACCCAGAUAAAAAUUUUACCCUUAAACAACUGGAGAAAGACGUCAGCAUGCAAGUAGUCCCCCAAAUCAAGGACACAAGUACUCAGACAAGAUGGACAUAUCCCAAAAAUGCUACUACACAAUAUUAUCCAAGAGAAUUCUCAGAAGAGGAAAAAGAGACACUCAAACAAUCAAAGCCUUUGGUUGAUUUUCUUAACAAUGUGUCUGUAAGGUAAAAAAACUCCCUGCAGCAAAACGAAAUUACAAACACAUUUAUUGAUGACUGGAAAUGCCUCGCAGAAGAAGAAGGCACUUUUGGGGACAAGACCGAUACCCACCUGAAAGAGUACCAGUCCUUUACCGACCUCCACAGCCCAACCGAGAAGAUGAUUACCUGCAUAUCAUGGCAUCCAACUAUCUACGGGCUGAUAGCUGUUUCAGUGGCCGAGCGACUCUCCUUUGAAGAGAGAGUCCACUUUUCUGGUAAAUUAUUGCUGCAGCCAUCACUGAUUCUUUUCUGGAGUUUCUCGGAUCCUAUACAUCCUCAGUUAAUGCUGGAAAGCCCAGAUGACAUCUUCUGCUUCCAGUUCUGUCCGAGUGACCCUAAUAUUAUUGCCGGAGGCUGUAUAAAUGGACAGAUUAUCCUGUGGGAUAUCACAGCACAUGCAGAUCGCAUAGAGAACAUUAAGUCGGGUGGUAGUAGAAGUAAAAAAGCCACACUCAAGCCUAUGUUUAUCCUUGAACCAGAGAGUAAUAAAGAAGCAAUGUAUAUCAGACACUGUGCAGUCUCUUCAAUAGAAAAUGGACAUAAGAAAGUAAUUACAGAUAUUCACUGGCUGUCUGACACAUUCGAGGUUAACAGAUUGGGCUCUGUCUUUGAGAAUCGAAGUGGAAUAUGCUGCCAACUUGUCACAUGUUCGGCAGACUGCACAAUAUGUUUCUGGGAUAUUAGACCACAGAAAACUUCAACCCCUCAACCAACAGAGAAAAAGAAAGAGGAAAGUAUUGAAAUUCCUUUUGAUGUACCAUCUACUUUUUUGCAUCUUGAUCUUUCCUGGAAACCUCUCUCUAAGGUAAGGCUGUCUAAGGGUGAAACAAGUUUAGAUCACUGCCCAACCAAAGUAAGCCUGAAUGAAGACCACCUUCUCUAUAAAACACAAGACAAAGCAUUAGCACAGAGCAAAGCAGCGAAGGCAGGAGAAAUGAACCCAUACCAUAAUCUGGAAGGUGGGAUGGCCAAUCAUCUGAAGCCAAUAGAAGACUUCUGCACAAAGUUCUUUGUGGGAACAGAGGAAGGUGAAGUGAUGUACACAGAUUGGAAAAUGGAAAGAGACCCUGAAACUGGCCGAUUGACAACAAAGAAGCCAGUGAACCUCUACACUGUCCAUGAUGGAGCUGUCCACACGGUUCAGAGAUCACCUUUUUACAACGAUAUUAUUCUCACUAUUGGUGGGUGGAACGUGGCCAUCUGGAAAGAAAGUGUUAUGACUGGGCCACUUCUUCAGUCAUGCUGUGCACCGAAAAGGUAUACCUCAGGACACUGGUCCCUGACAAGGCCUGGAGUUUUCUAUAUUGGCCGAGAAGAUGGUUAUGUCGAUAUCUGGGACCUUCUGGAGAAAACCCACGAACCAACGCUGUCCCAAAAUAUUUGCAUCACUAUGAUCACCUACAUCAAACCCUGGACCUUUUCUUCUAAGCAGCAAUUUAUAGCCAUAGCUGAUUAUUACGGAACCCUGCAUAUAUUAGAAAUUCCUUGGACGUUAAGUCACCCUUCCACCAAUGAGAUAUCAAGUGUUAAUUACUACUUUGAAAGAGAAGUCAAGCAUCUGGAAUACGUAGAACAGCGCAGAAGUAUUCGUGAGCAAGAAAAGAAAGAAAUGGAGCUGGAAAAGGAGAAGAAAAAAGUUAAAACAUAUGAGAAGUCAAAAGAACAAAUGGAGGCUGAGUUGAAAAUUGACUACGACAGUUAUUUGGAGUUGGAAAAGACCGUCCUCAUCAAUCUUGGCCUAGUCAAAGUCGCAGAGAAGACGUCAUUCAUAGACUCGAUGUAG